UAAGAGAUGCGUUUACAAGUUAAACAUUCAUUUCUGGCCAGCGGAGGUGGGGCAACACACACACACACACACCCGCACACACACACACGCCCAGAUCCAUCCACGGACGGAGGCUGAGCUGAAGAUCCGAACAAAGAUGAACCUGGCUCUGAUCCACGACCGGCUGCACAUCAAGACGUUCUGGGAGAAGAGGAUUAACGCCGAGGGUCAAUAUGCUGAAACCGAAGAGCAGAGGAGAAACAAGAGCGCCCUCCAAAAGUUACGGGGGGAGUGGCUGGUGCGUUUGGAGAACCGCAACAAACACCUGAAGAACCUCAACGACAACUACGUCAGGAAGGUGAAGUCGGAGGAGACCAGCGAUCAGACAUGAGCGGACGCAGGAGCAGGACAAUAGUUUUAUCAUCUCCACCUCUGACCACAGAUCCAUGAGUCUUUUUUUGUUUUUGUUUUUUUGUUUAUUUCCUUGGUGAUAAAACGUCUGUGACUGUGGCCAAUGAUUGAGAAACCACGGGCUCGUGACUACGGGUUCACGUGGUGACACGAUGACGACAUUAAAGCUGUGACAUGUGAUCUGUGAUGUGAUCUGACCUGUUAGCAUCUGUCGUUUUCUUCAGGCUAAUGGUUGUGUUUUUUUGCAUUUCUUUGUUAAAUUUAAACAAUUUCUUUGGUAAAAAAAACCCACAAAAAAGAGUCACAGAGACUGAAGCCUUUAUUUAAUGUAGAGUUUUAUUUAUUUAUUCACAAUCGUCAGUUUCCUCCUAGCAUCAGCUAAGCUAAGCUAUCCCUUGCUUUGUUUAAAGUCCCUAAGCAUCUUCUAAAGUGCAUUACUGACUGAAAUAGUAUAUUUCGAUAACAUUUAGUAGCAUUCUGGUCCUUACAAAAGAAAGAGAAAAUGAAGAAUUACCGUAAGUAGAUUUUCGCGGCCAGUCGAAAGUCGCUUUUAAAGGAGAAACAAACUACGUGGAACGUG